AAAAAAAAAAAAGAUCAAAAUAAAACGAUUUAACAUUUGUUUUAAAUUUUUAAAACAAUAAAAACUCAAAAGUGUUCUGUGAUCUUAUUAAAUAUUGUUUUUAUUUCUUAUUUAUUACUAUCCCAGUACAUUUUUUGCAGUAAACGUGUAUGUAGAAUUAGAUCAUUCGCUAAUUAUGCCGCAUAGUCACUGUCACGGAGAACAUGAUGAUCAUGCAAACCCUUCUGAGCUGGGUUUUCAGUAUAAUCUAUUUGAAAAAAUCGAUAAGGAUAAUAUGGAAUGUUUAAAUGAAUCUGUAGAUGGUGCUGGUAAAAAAGUCUUUAAACCUUGGGAGAAAAGGCUCGAGCGUAGUGAGUAUGUGGAGAGUGAUGUAGAUGAAGAAUUGUUAUUUAACAUACCUUUUACGGGUAAUGUUAAAUUGAAAGGAAUUAUUAUUGCAUCAGAAGACACAGAUGCACAUCCUUCUAAGUUAAGAUUAUAUAAAAAUAGACCAAAUAUGACUUUUGAUAAUGUUACCCUGGAACCUGAUCAAGUAUUUGAGCUGCACAAAGAUAGUGAAGGUAUCCUAGAAUAUGCUCCGAAGAUUGUAACAUUUUCAUCUGUGUCCCAUUUGACAAUGCAUUUUCCAAGUAAUUUUGGUGCAGAAAACACAAAGAUAUACUACAUAGGACUGAAAGGUGAAUGGAGCCCCGCCCAUAGACACGGAGUUACAAUCUGCACGUAUGAAGCGAGACCGAAUGUUGACGAUCACAAGUUGAAACAUUUAGAUACCGUAAGCAGAGCUAUAGAUUAAUAUGUUUGUUAAAUAUUUUAUAUUUCUAUCGCAGAUAUGAAGAUUUGUAAUAUAUUUUGAUAAUAAACUCUUGGGAAUAAGCACA